GAAGUAAAUAUACAAGCGUUUGAGACCAAGGGUUUUGCACAAGUAAAAAUGGAUCGGUUUUCGUGGUCAAAUGGACUUUUAGAAAUAAAUGAAACAUUAGUGAUCCAGCAGCGAGGUGUCAGACUGUAUGAUGGKGAUGAUAAGCCAAAACUGGAUGUUGGACUUGCGUUGUUGAGCACCCAUCGGCUGAUGUGGAGGGAUAUUAAGAAUCAUGAGUACUGCCUGUCCAUGCCGCUGUCUCUAAUCAUUUUCUUUGAGGAGCAGGCUGCAGGAAUAGGAAAGAGUGCAAAAAUAGUUAUCCAUCUGCAUCCUCCUCCUGGCAAUAAGGAGCCUGGUCCCUUACAGAACAGCAAAUACUCCUACAUCAAGCUGUCUUUUAAGGAACAUGGGCAGAUUGAGUUUUACAGGAGACUAACAGAGGAAAUGACUCAGAGAAGAUGGGAAAACACACCAGCUUCACAACCCAUCUCUACCGGAGCUGGGUCUCAGGCAGGAAGGACACGAGCCGUGGGGAUUGUCGGCAUUGAAAGGAAGAUAGAGGAGAAGAGGAAAGAAACAGACAAAAACAUUUCUGAGGCUUUUGAGGACCUCAGUAAGCUGAUGGUGAAGGCUAAAGAGAUGGUGGAGUUGUCCAGAUCCAUCGCCACCAAGAUCAAAGACAAGCAGGGAGACAUAACAGAGGAUGAGACAAUUCGGUUUAAGUCCUACCUCUUGAGCAUGGGUAUUGCUAAUCCCGUUACCAGAGAAACRCACGGAUCGGGCACACAUUACCACAUGCAGCUGGCCAAGCAGUUGGGAGAUAUGCUGCAGGCUCCUUUAGAGGAGCGUGGGGGUAUGAUGGCUCUCACAGAGGUUUACUGUCUCGUCAACCGAGCCAGAGGCAUGGAGCUUUUAUCUCCAGAAGAUUUGUUAAAUGCGUGCAAAAUGUUUGAGUCGCUGAAGCUGCCUCUGAGGCUGCGUGUGUUUGACAGCGGCGUGAUGGUGGUCCAGCUGCAGUCGCACAGCGAAGAGGAAAUGAUCGCCUCUGCUUUGGAUAGUGUGUCAGAAAAAGGCUCUCUGACAGCAGAGGAGUUUGCCAAGCUCCUGGGUCUCUCUGUUCUUCUCUCUAAAGAACGGUUAUUGCUGGCUGAGAAGGUGGGCCACCUGUGUAGAGAUGACUCAGUUGAGGGUUUGAGAUUCUACGUAAACCUGUUUUGAUCUGUUGACAUAUUUGUUGGACUACAACUUUGCUGUAGCACCUCUACAGACAGACAAUGUUCAGACGUGUUCACCAGGGUGUCUGUUGAUGCUUAUCCUGUAUCARAAUCCAUCAUUGUGUUUAUAAUUGUACUAAACRUAGAUUCCCCUCAUUCUUUUAAACCAGUGUAUUCUGUUACAAACACUCCCAGUCACUGUUUUUGGAUAAAAUUUCAAUUAAAAAAUAGUGAUUUUCUUUAAUAAAUUAUUAAAGUCUGAAACUUGUCCUCUUUAUCUUGUCUUUUAAACAAAUCUAAAUGUAAAAGGCUCCAGCUUUAGUAUUUUAUUGGUCCUUUGGUUCUGCUCAUCGAAAUUAGUCCUUUCUGUUUUAAUAAAAUGAUUAUUUAAAUAAAUGAAUAUAAAAAUGUGAUUAGGUUAGCAUGUUGUAAAAAUAUCAAAUGAUGUUUACACAGAAUUGAAUUGUUCUUUAUCGCUGUGGACUGAAAUGCUCUGUAACCUGUGUUUCAUCUCCUGGGAUGCUUCCUGUUUUUCUUUUUUUUUUUUUUGCUAAAGGAAAAAUGAAGGGUCUGUAGAGCUGAUUAGAUUACUCUGCCAUGUGGUUCUCUGCUUAACUCAGUUGGUCCAGGGAAUCUUGAGAACCGAGCUGAAGCAAGUCGAAAUAUAAUAGUCGUGUAUGAUUCAGAGGUUUUUUAUUAUUAUUAUUUUCUGUGCAAAAUGGCUUUGAGUUUUGAAAUCAUCUGACAGUCCAGUGUUGCAUUAUUUUAUCACCAUUCUGAAUGUUUUAGUGUUGUAGUGUGUCUUAAAGUUCAGCUAUGUUUGCUUCAUAUCGCUGAUUUAUAGCAAAAUUAUAGGACUACUGAGGAAGGGCUUUGUGGGAGAAUGACCCAAAUAUUUGAUGGUACCUUGGCAUCCUGCCAUAAAAUAGACACGAAUAUUUUUUUUAUAAGUAAAAUGUCAGCCUUUUGUAAAGAUAUGGCAUUGAGUAUGCAAAUUAAAGAUUUCUAUUGUUGCAUWUUAA